AUGCGGCUAUACUACAUGAUUCUUCUAGCCUCCGUCGCCGUCCUGGCGAACGGUACCACAUUGUCUGCAGUGGGUCCACCCACACCCGGAUCGUUUGCUGAGAACGGCUCACCUCCUGCAAUCGGAGGUGGCACUCUCGCACCAAGGCUCCUGAGAUACGCUAAGGACGAAGACGAAGAAAGAGGAAUCUGGCAGAAAAUCGAACAUGUUCUCAAGUUGAGGAAAAGAGAAAUCCCUACUUCCCAAGCAAGGCCUAUUUCCCAAGCCGAUAUAACCAAAUUUUACAAAUGGGUCAACUCCGGCAAAUAA